AUGGGGGACACAAUUAUACAGUUAGACGUGUGUAAAAGUAUUGAAAAUCAAUACGAGUAGGCCUAAAAAUAAUUAACUUCUACUAUUAUUUUCACACAAUAAAGAAUUUUAUUUUUACUUACAUAUUUUCUACAGCACAACACACUUCCAACAACCAGCAGUGUAUAAAAAAAAAUGGAAGGUGGGUUUCAGUUAUUUAUUAUUUCAAGAAGGCUAUAACAGUCACUGCUACCAAAAAUGAUCAGUUUUCAGCUGAGUGAAAAGACAGAAACAGCUGUCGCAACCUGCACCAACAUCUUUAAGUGUCCCAACGUGCAAUCAAAAUUCAUCCACACACUCGCAGUAUUCACGUCUACUUGGAUACUAGUGGCCAAACACGGAAAUACGUAAGACAAGUGGGUAAGUAGGCAAGACCAAAACCGCAAUUGGGGGUAUUAGGACAAGGCCAUUCUCCUGUUCAUUUUCACACUUGUAUGUUGAUUUAUACGACACUGUGGGAACUUUGGGACUUGCCACCUCAAGAUAACUUAUUUUAUGUGCGGAUUGCGAUUAUUUGGCAUAAAUAACUAAUAAAUACACAGAUCAACUGAUUAUAUUAUGGUCCAAAUCUGAAUUGUUGAUAGGGUUUGCUGUCAGUGGGCAGCGAGGCCUCCUGCUCAUCCCCGCCCCCAUUGCAAUGUUGACCAAAAAACAGCAUGAACAUACACUCAACUUCUUAGCAACACACACUAAACCAUAGCCACUGACACCCAGCUUUAUCCUCAAAAACUCCAACACAACAUUUACUGAUCGGGAUAAAGAGUUGGAUAAGGAGUUGACGGGAUGUCAAAAAGUGAGACCGAGGAGAUGAUUGAGAUUGAGAUUGAUGGUCAGGAGAAACAGGAUUGUCUAGAGGAGGCAAUUGAGGAACAAACCAUCACAGCAGCUGAAUUGAUUACGCAAGACAUUGACAUCAGUGAGCCAAUUGGUAACCUGAAGAAGUUAUUGGAGCCUCGUCUACAGGUCUCACUGGAUGGAUAUGACAUCUGUCUGCAGGACAUCCUUUUGCAUCCUGACCACAGCUUGUUCGAUCAAGGAGUGAAGACAGAUGGCACAGUACAGCUCAGUGUGCAGAUUGUCACAAAACAGGGUGAAGAGAAAUUGAAUAUUCUAGAGAUAGUGAAACCAGUGGAGACUGUGGAGGUGGUGAUUGAUCCAGAUGCAGCUGCAGGGGAGGAAGCCCAUCUUGUGGAGGAUGGACAUGUGAUUGCAGUGGAGCAAGCUGCCAUUCCAGAUGAGACAUCAGAGCAGGUGACCCGGUGGGCCGCUGCAUUGGAAGGGUAUCGCAAGGAGCAGGUUCGACUAAACAUUCCCUACGAUCCGGUGCAGUGGACAGCAGAUCAGGUAAUCCACUGGGCAGUUUGGGUGAUGAAGGAGUUUGGCAUUGAGGAAAUGGAGGUGGGAGGCAUUCACAUUCCUGGCCGCCAACUCUGUGGUUUCACCCAGGAGGAGUUCCUCCAGAGAGUGCCCAGCGGAGAGAUCCUAUGGAGCCACUUGGAGCUUUUACGCAAGUAUGUACUUGCGAGUCAGGAUCAGGGCCAGGAAGCUACAGUCACCAUUGAUCAGCCUAUGCAGAUUAUUCCUGCUCCAGUGCAGCAGGCCACGCCCACAACCAUUAAAGUGCUGAAGCACAACAAAACGCCAAGAGCCCCCCGUAUCUCAGGAGAGGAGCGCAGCUCCCCAGGGAACCGCACAGGUAAUAACGGUCAGAUCCAACUGUGGCAAUUUCUCCUGGAGCUGCUGACAGAUAAAGACUCUCGGGACUGCAUUUCCUGGGUGGGAGAGGAGGGCGAGUUUAAACUCAAUCAGCCUGAGCUGGUAGCUCAGAAAUGGGGCCAACGCAAGAACAAGCCCACCAUGAACUACGAGAAGCUAAGCAGAGCUCUCAGGUACUACUAUGAUGGAGACAUGAUCAGCAAAGUACAGGGCAAACGCUUUGUCUACAAAUUUGUGUGCGACCUGAGGACUUUAAUUGGAUACAGCGCUGCAGAGCUCAACAACCUGGUAACAGAGUGCGAACAGAAGAAACUCGCCCGGGUUCAGCUGCACGGGCUCGGCCAGCCCCUCAACACAGUCACGCUUUCCACCGCCGCUGGGCAGCCGGUCACCACCGUCACUUUGGCUGCAGCAGCUUUAGAGAAAGACAGUUGAGCGGUCGUGGCUUGUUACUCCCAAUCAGUCAGGAGACAAGGUCAAGAUGGGAGGAAACUGGGUUAAAGAUUUGACUUUGGGCAGGGUGGGAGACAGCGGGUUUGUACGCAGAUGUGUGCGCUUUAUGAGUGUGUAUGUGUGUAUGCUUGCGUGUCCUUAAAAAAAAAAAAAAAGCUUAGAGUGAGUGUGUGUGUGUUUGUGUGAGAGAGAGAGAUAAAGUAUAGAUGAUCACGUAUGAGCUUUCCGUUUGUAUGCUUGUUCUCUGAGUGCAGGGUAGCAUUGGCUAUAUUUCCAUUGUAUAUACUCUAUGUUUUUGAUAACCAUGUGGGCAGUGUAUUUUGAUAUUUUCCAUUUGUAAAGGAUCUUUUCUUUUUUAUUUUUGAGUGUCCAAUUCCCUUAAGGUGAGGUACUUUUUACUGUCCAUCAGAGGGAAAUAAAAAGAC